AAGGCUCGCAAGCAAUGACGUACAAAUGUCACCGGCGGGUUUCUCACUGCCAUAAUGUGCUGAACUUUCGUGUACAACAGUGCGUGUCAAUCUCGUUUAUUUCUUAGCAACCUACGACCCCACGUCUCUUCGCCUCGCCUCGUCUCCCACCUACGGACCAUUUUGAGUGAUUGGGUGCUUGCCGGUGAGUUGGCUAGUGGCUGCUCCGGUCAACAUCCUUGGUCACCCUGGCUCCUCCGCUCCGAGGCGUCACCAGGUCUCGCAACACCUUUUCCUUCUUUCGCUACCUCUUCCCAAACACCCAUCGUCGAGCUCGUGAAAGUCUCCUCGGAUUUCGACACGAAUAUAUACCACGUAUCACCUCUAAAGCGCAGUAUCGUAUCUACCAGGCGAUCGUCCGCAGGCAGCAGAGAAAACGAGAGAAAAAAGACGCAGGACGUGGGCUGGUCCCAUUUCUACAACGGAGGAAGAGCCGCAUCCUCCGGUUACUCUAUGGAAAGCACCAUGCUGAUGACAAGCUAUGGCCAAGCCGGCGCAAAGGUGCCUGGCUCAAGGCGGGAGAAGGUGCGCGGAUAUCUCAGAGCGGCGAACGAGUUGAGGCAGAUAUACCAAGACACGUUGUCUCAGAAGAUGCAGGACAGUGAAAACGAGGGGCCCAUGCCUGGUGACUAUCCCGGGGACGUUGCCAGGAGCGGAAAUGAGGAACUGGUGCUGUUUCCUAGUUACGCCAGGAAGCAUACGCAGCGGAGCACCACUACCGCCGACGUCGGCAGAUACCCCCCCGGCACAAACGAAUCAAUAGAGGCGCCACAUAGCAGCGGAGACUCUGACUAUUGGAAGAGGGAAUGGGAAAAGUAUGAAGAUGCCAAUGCUAUCGUGGACGUCGAUGUUCGAGGAUGGAUAUACUCUCCGCAGUCCGGUCCAUUGAACAGGAAGAACCGCCUUCUCUUGGCUGUGGCGCGAAGGCUGAGCGGCGUGUAUGCUCUACCGACCAGUCCGACAGUGUCACGCGCGUCUAGCCAGGCACCUGUGGAUCGAGUGCGGAUUGAGGACAGCCCAACGAGCUAUGAAGAUGAACUUGCGGCAAAGGAAGCUGAAAACAUCACACGUCGUGGUCAGCUGGAGGCCGAAGCUGCGGUCCGAGGGAGUUAUAGUACUUCGGAUCGAGGACGGCAUGGUUUGGACAGUCCUGCAGCAAGUAGGACUUCUUCACCAACAAGAACGAAUACCAAUGUUUCCACCGACAGCGAGGAGUACGAUCCGGGUAUUCAGUCACUGAAGAAGCGCCAAUCGUGGAAUGAGCCUGCCAACAUGAGUCGAGAACAGAUGGCUGCUGCAAACGAGCUACUAUUGACAAGACUGAAACCUUUCAUGUCGACGCCGCUUGUCCAGUCGCCGGUCACCGUGUUCUUCUUCAACGAUGACAAAUCGGCCUCGAAAACCGUGACGACGGAUGACGCUGGACACUUCAAUCUACGAGCUGCUCUCGACUUUGUACCAUCCCAGGUUAGGGUCCUGGCAUCGGAGAAGUUGUCUGCUACGUCAGAUGUCAUCAUUACAGAGAAUAAGGGUGUCAGUCUGAUCAGUGACAUUGACGAUACGAUCAAGCACUCGGCCAUCGCGAGUGGCGCCAGAGAGAUCUUCAAGAACACGUUCAUACGUGAAUUGAGCGACCUCACUAUUCAAGGUGUCAAGGAGUGGUAUACCAGGCUGUCCAGUAUGGGAGUCAAACUGCAUUACGUGUCCAACUCUCCGUGGCAGUUAUAUCCUCUUUUGCUCAAUUACUUCAAGCUCGCUGGAUUACCUCUUGGCUCCUUUCACUUGAAGCAGUAUUCGGGAAUGCUGCAAGGGAUCUUCGAACCUGCGGCUGAAAGAAAGAGAGGAUCAAUCAACAGGCUGAUGAAGGACUUUCCCGACCGAAAGUUCAUCUUGGUGGGAGACAGUGGAGAGGCUGACCUUGAAGUCUACACUGAUCUCGUGCUUGACUAUCCUAGGAGAAUACUCGGUGUCUUCAUCAGAGAUGUGACAACACCUCCUAAGAAGGGGUUCUUUGACCAGUCGCUACCAAACUCUCUGCCUGACUCUUUGAUAUCCGCGAAAGACGGGAGUCAUCUCAGUCGAUCACCAGACAUUAUUGAUGAUAGCAACAAGAAACCUGCAAUGCCCACGAGGCCGAAACCUGAGCAUAAAGCCAAGUCUGUGCCCGCGCCGGAUGAAGAUCUGAUUGACUUUACAGACGAGCCAGAACCAAAGACUGGUCGAAGACCUUCGCACGUCGACGACAUGCGUCAGCUGGAACGUAAUGGAAAGUCGCAGCCCCCAACGAAACCGGCCAAGCCAUCCAGUUUACGAAACUUUUCCUCUCAAUCGACCUCGCCUACGAAUCACGACAGAUUUACACACUCUGACACUGAGACUCAAGACUCUGGCAAGAAGAAAAAGAAGCCACCACCGCCUCCUGCACCUCGACGUGGUGCCAUCGCUGAUCAAGGGAAGCCCACAGAUCUAACCAUGAAACCACUCUCCCGACCACCCUUUUCAUCCACUCGCCAGAAUCAGACUCAACCACAUCUGGCCACUUCAUCCACUCAAAAGCCUGCCAAACCUCAAAUGACGCGCACUGAUACUUCGACCAGCACGGCGUCCCGCGACGAUGCUGGCUACGUUGCGUCUGCUCGUCGGCAAAUUGCGACAGCCUACAAUGCUCUACCCACCAUACGAUCAUCGUCCCCAUCACGACCAGCAGAUCAGACAGGUAUCAGUGGCGACGUUCGGCCUGCUCCGCCUCCAAUGCGACGAGGAUUGUCAUCUUACCCUGCUGCAGCAGCUCGUUGGGCGACUGGGGCAACGGGCGGCGACCCUGCUGCCGGAGGAGAUGGAGGUGCGCCUGGGGGGUCUUAUGACAAGAAGCUGGAGAUUUGGAAGAAGAGGUGGGCGAGAGCCGAGGAAAUUAUGAACCAGCGUGUCGGGAGUGAUGUUAUGGACGAGUGUGUGCAGUUGAGUCAACCGAAAUGAGAUGUAACAAAGGAUAUGAAGUCAUGAAUCAAGCUUGAGAUACACUACUUUUCCCGCAGAUUGUGAAUAUGAAGACGAAGAAAUCAUCUACUCUGGUUGAUCUACUUCUAGUAAGUGCAGCACGUGUCUCAUGCCCGUACAAGUCUUAGCCAGGAACAGCCGAAGCAGC